AUGCAGAGCGGCGCGGAGUUUGCGGAACCUUCGCCUUCGGCCGCUGACCACGUGGGCCUUGACCCAGACAGCGACUUCCAGAGCGACGUCGACGACGACGCUGUGCGUGGCUCAAAGAGGAAGCGACCGUUAUCUGUUUCCUGCGAACUCUGUAAACAGAGAAAGGUCAAGUGUGAUCGUGGCCAGCCGUCAUGCGGCUGGUGCAGCCGCAAUGGGGCGACAUGCGAGUACAAGGAGCGCAAGAAGCCAGGACUGAGGGCAGGAUAUGGGAAAGAACUGGAACAGCGCCUCGAUAAUCUCGAGUCAAUACUGAUCUCCCACUCCAAAAUCCUGCAGAGUAUCGGCUACACGGUGCCUGACGGCUCACCCGUCCGAGUCCAGAACAUCAUCAAUCAAACGCUGCCGGGUGAGCAAGGCACUCUGGGAGAUUCUAGCCACCCAUCUCGGCCACACGACCAACUGAAUACACCCCAAAAGGACGUGGGCCUGUUCGUGGAGAAGCAUUCUUCGUUCACAGCCAGCCCUCAAAAUCCCGACUUCGCCGUCACCCCGGCCCCUGUGAUGCAUGAUGGCUUUCAGCGACCGCCAUCCACCAUAUCGGCUACAUCACACCCAAGUUCUGCGGUACCAGAAUACUAUCAGCAUCCGCCAGCAAACCUCCCUCACCACGCGGGGACCCAAGGGGCAGACCAAGAUUUACCUCCAUACGAUCUGGUUUACUCACUCGUGGACUUGUACUUCAAAAAUGUCAACACCUGGUGCCCGAUCCUUCACAGAAAAACUACACUGGACAGUCUUUUUGGGCCAUCUGCGCUGGAGGAGGCUGACCUCAUCUUGCUUCACGCCAUCGUCGCCACUACAAUGCGAUAUUCAACAGACGUGCGACUUACGGAAGAGAGGCGAGCAAAUUACCACAAGAUUUCGAAAGCCAAAGUUAUUCUCUAUGGCAUGGAGAACUCGUCCGUCAAGUCACUACAAGCGCUCGUCAUCUUAGCGCUCGAUUUGUGUGGAAGCAGCAAUGGCCCCCCGGGUUGGAACAUCAUGGCACUCAUUACGCGCUCUGUCGUUCAACUCGGACUAGCUGUAGAGACCACAUCCUCUAUGGUCUCGCCGGGCUUUACUUCUAUAUACACAUUGAGGGCCAUGGUCCUGCCCGAGCCGAAAGACUUUAUCGAAGACGAAUCUAGGAGACGCCUCUUUUGGAUGAUUUACCUCUUGGAUCGAUACGCCACCAUUGCUACAGCUUUCGAAUUCGCGCUGGAUGACAAGGAGAUCGAUAGGAGUCUUCCUUGUCGUGAUGAUCUCUGGGUGGCGAACCGCAAAGUCGAAACCAAGUGGUUCAGAACAUUCAACUUCCCCGAGACCGCAUCGCGUAACGACAUGAGCGGCACGGAGAACCUUGGCGCCUUUUCAUAUUAUAUCGAAGUUCUUGGAAUUCUCUCCAAGAUCCACAAGUUCCUGAAGCAACCCGUGGACAUCGGUGUGGCUGGCGAUGUGGAGAGAUGGCAACUCCGGUAUAAGGAGCUGGACAGCAUGCUGACAUCCUGGAAGCUUGACCUUCCGGGGGAAUUCAACGACAUGAACAAGAUUUUCCAGCCAGGCAGCCGCAGCUUGAGCUGUACCUGGUUGAUGCUUCAUGCGACAUAUCACACGACGGUCAUCAGACUCCAUUCGUCAGCCGCGUAUCCAACAACAAGAUCGCCCAUCUUUACGCCGUCAUACAGUGCAUCCCAACGAUGUCUCAUUGCAGUUGAAAACAUUGCUUCUCUGGCCGACUUUGCCUCCACAAAUGGCUAUUUGUCAAAACUGGGGCCACCAUUCGCCUUCUCCCUCUGGGUGUCUGCACGCCUUCUGCUGGUACAUGGGUCGACAGUCGAGCACAAGCUCUCGCCGCAGAUUGCCUUCUUCGUCGAUACCCUGCGAGCGCUCGGGGGCUUUUGGCCCGUAGCCCAGCGAUACUGCAACUUGCUGCAGAGAGUCCUGGACGAGCACAGAGACAGCGAGCAAAAGGGCGACGGGAUCACGCCGAGCUCUGUCAGGAUUCUAGCAGACAUGAGGCGCACCGCGUUUGACCUGGACUUUCUCAUCUCUCGCCAGCCCCGACACGGGACACACACGAUGAGCCGCCUGCCAAGUGUCACACCAGCUAGGACGCCGGCCGUGAACGAUUUGGAGUACCUCGACGUCUUCGACUUCUUCAAUGUGCCGCGGCUCCCUGUUUCAGGAGACGCUUUAGGCGUGCCGAGCGAGACGAUGCCACAGAUUGAAUUGCAGGCCGCCAACAGCGUCAACCCGCAAGCAGGCAUACCCACCGACUUUAACAUCACAAAUUUUAUGAUGGACGUAAAUAGUGACUGGUUCAAGCAGGAGGGCGGAAAGUUUCUUGCACAGGGAUGA